CGCUAGUCACCAUCCGCCAUUAAACAGACCGAAGAAGAAGAAGGAAGCAACAUCGCGGAGUGAUUCCAACCGUAGUAUAAAGCCUCAUUGAAGACGAUCUAGCAGCAGUCGCAGAACCCGAAGAUCGAAAUGGCGGCGCCAGCAGAGAGAAUGGAGGGGGAGAGCUCAGCCAAGCCUGCAGCCGAGGAUAUGACAUCAAAGGACUACUACUUCGACUCAUACGCCCACUUUGGCAUCCACGAGGAGAUGCUGAAAGAUGAGGUUCGCACUCUGACCUAUCGCAAUUCCAUGUUCCACAACAAGCAUCUGUUUAAGGACAAGGUGGUGCUGGACGUGGGCAGCGGGACAGGCAUCCUCUGCAUGUUUGCUGCCAAAGCUGGAGCCAAGAAGGUUAUCGGGAUAGAGUGCAGCAGCAUCUCAGACUACGCUGUGAAAAUUGUCAAGGCCAACAAGAUGGACGAUGUUGUGACCAUCAUCAAGGGGAAGGUGGAGGAGGUGGACCUGCCCGUGGAAGGAGUAGACAUCAUCAUAUCAGAGUGGAUGGGCUACUGCCUCUUCUAUGAGUCCAUGCUCAACACGGUCAUUUAUGCCAGGGACAAGUGGCUGAAGCCGGAUGGACUCAUUUUCCCAGACAGGGCAACCCUGUAUGUCACUGCCAUUGAAGACAGGCAAUACAAGGACUACAAAAUCCACUGGUGGGAGAACGUGUAUGGUUUUGAUAUGUCAUGCAUCAAGGAGGUGGCAAUCAAGGAACCCCUAGUUGACGUGGUGGACCCCAAGCAGCUGGUCAGUAGCGCCUGUCUCAUCAAGGAGGUGGACAUCUACACAGUGAAGCUGGAGGACCUGUCCUUCACCUCACCGUUCUGCCUGCAGGUGAAGAGGAACGACUACAUCCAUGCUUUGGUCACCUACUUCAACAUUGAGUUCACCCGCUGUCACAAGAGGACCGGCUUCUCCACCAGCCCAGAGUCCCCUUACACCCACUGGAAGCAGACAGUGUUCUACCUGGAUGAUUACCUGACUGUGAAGACUGGUGAGGAGAUCUUUGGCACAAUCAACAUGAAGCCAAACGUCAAGAACAAUAGGGACCUGGACUUCACCGUAGACAUCGACUUCAAGGGUCAGCUGUGUGAGGUGUCGAAGACGUCCGAGUACAGGAUGCGCUAGAAGUGUCAGUCCCUCUCUGUGUUAGUUUGUCUUUUAUAAGAGGACAUAUUUUGCUGUUUGCCUCGGAGUCUGUACAAUAGUUUGAUGCUCCCAUGCAGCAACAUUUUAAUUGUGUUUUUUUUUUUUCACUUGUUCAGACGUUAACAGUAUUUAAAAUGUCUUCACAUCCUCGGGGUCAAAGUGCAUUGGCGUGGUGAUUUAUUGUGCUGUAGUCACUCAACAAAAUCCCUGUUUGACAUGUCCAUGGUGUUUGUGUCCUACAUCUUCUGGGGUUCAUCUCCUCGGCAUGUGGGAGAUCCACAUGGACACAAAAGCCCUGCAGACGUGUCCACGUAGUCUUGCUGUUGACUCCGUUUGUACAGCCAUUACAUGACCCAGCUACUGACCUCCCCUCAUUUCUCACUCUGUUAAAGCUCUGUGGGUUUUGGAUUUCUGUGUACUAAAGAAACCCCACCUCUUCCACUUGUUAGUAGAAACCAUCAGUAACAGUUAGAACUGUCCACCGAC